UUUACUACCGGAAAUACUAUCCACCUUUUAGUUGCAGCCGCUCACACGUGGGUUAGUAAACAAGAAAGACUGCUGAAAAAGGCUAAGAUAUGGAUCAAGAGGAAAAUGUCAAGAGAGAAAGGACACUCCAGCCUCCACGUGGUAGGCCAAAAUCUGGAAGGGUCUGGAAAACUCCUAAAACUCAGAAAUUUUCUGACACCAUCAGACCAAAAACUUUAAAGACCUCAUGGCAGAAAAAGAUGCGGCAAAGAAAGGAGCAGCGGAUAUUAAAAGAUUUUGAGAAAGAAUUAAAAACAGCUAGGGCAAGAGGAAAAGAGGAAAAAAGGCAAAGACAGGAAGAAAAUAAGAAGAGAAAACUCGAAAAUGAACGCAAAGCAGAGAUAGUCCAGCCAAUAAAAAAUACAGCAAAAAUAAAGAGAAUGAAAAAGAAACAAUUGAGAUCUGUGGAAAAGAGGUGACAAGGUGGACAAUAUAAAGGAAACUGGAAUAAGACUAAAGAAGAGGGGCGAAAGAAACCAGUAUAUAUAUAGUAUAAGUGCAGUAGAUAAUGAGGGAUGUUCGAUUUAUUGUCAGGGGAGAAGUUAAAAACCCCAA